AUGAUCUAUUCUAAUUUAUCCCUUAGUUUAUUUAUUUGUAUUCUAUUAUAUACAACAAAUGGUAAUCAAGAACAUAUUCAAUCUAUAAAUGUAAAUAAAACUCAUACGAUUCCAGGUAACCAUAAUAAUGAACAGAUUGAAAGUGAAAUUGUUGUUGUCAAAUGGGAAUUUCAUGAAUUUGAAAUUCAUAUUGCUGUUAUGGUAUUUUUAUUAAUUAUGAUAUUAAUUAAAAUGGCCUAUCAUCGUAUCCCAUAUAUAUCUAUUUAUAUACCAGAAUCAUUUGUAUUAAUUAUAAUUGGUAUUAUAUUUGGUGCAAUUGUACGUUAUGGUAUUGAUCAAGGGAUUAAUAAUAAAACUGUAUGGAAAUUAACCCCUGUAUUAUUUUUUACUUAUUUAUUACCACCAAUUGUAUUAGAAUCAGCUUAUAGUUUAUAUAAUAGAACAUUUAGUGAAUAUUUAGGAGUUGUAUUAAUCUUUGCUGUCAUAGGUACUAUAUUAAAUUUUUUAAUUAUUGGUUUUGUUAUGUACGGGAUAUAUAAAAUGAAUGGUUUUGGUCAACCACAAUUAGAUAUGGAUAUUAAAGCUUUUUUAUUAUUUAGUUCAUUAAUUGUUGCUGUAGAUCCUGUGGCUGUUUUAGCUAUUUUUCAAGAUAUUGGUGUUGAAUUAGGUUUAUAUUAUAUUGUAUUUGGUGAAUCUUUAUUAAAUGAUGCUGUUACUGUGGUAUUAUAUGAUAUUAUGGAUGCAUUUACUGGUAAAGAGAUUGUCACUGGUAAAGAGAUUGGGAUUGGGAUUGCAUCAUUUUUUACUGUUAGUUUUGGUGGUUUAUUAAUUGGUUUAUUAUUUGGUAUUAUAACCUGUUUAAUAACACGGAUUAAAAGUCGUUUAAAUGCUUUUAGUUUAUUAUUAUUAGCAUAUUUUUCAUAUAUUAUGGCUGAUUGUGUUGGUUGGUCUGGGAUUAUCUCAAUGAUUGCUUGUGGUUUAAUACAAGCUGCAUAUGCAUUUCAUAAUUUAGAUAAACAUUCUAUUACAAUGGUUAGAAAUUUAACUAAAGUUGUAUCAGAAAUGAGUGAAUCUGUUAUAUUUUUAUUCUUAGGCAUUGAAGUUGUAUCUAUUAAAUUAGUAUGGCAUACAGGUUAUAUAUUAUGGGGUUUAAUAUGGUGUUUAAUAGCUCGUUCUAUAGUUGUAUUUUUAAUUACUGCUAUUGUAAAUUAUACAUCAUUAUCGAAUACACAAAUUACAUUUACUCAACAAAUUGUAUUAAUUUAUGGUGGUUUACGUGGUGCUGUUGCAUUCUCAUUAUCUGUAUUAAUUUUACCAAAUAAACUUGGUCCUAAUGGUUUAUAUAAUAGAGAAUUGAUUAUUACAACCACAUUAUUUAUUAUCUUAUUUACUGUUGGUUUUAUGGGUAUUACAAUGAAACCAUUAGUAAAACUAUUACGUAUACGUAUGGAAAAUAAACAAAUGUUAAGUUUAUUUGAUUCAUUAAAUGAUAGUAUUAUUGAUGAAACAUUAGCUGGUAUUGAAUGCCUUAUUGGUACAAUUGGACGUAAUGCUAUACGUGAUUUAAUACAACGUUUUAAUGAACAAUAUUUACGUAAAUUAUUACAACGUGAUACAGAUAUAUAUAAUCAAAAAAUGUUAAAAAUUUAUGAAAAAAUUGCAUUAAAAAUGCAUCAUGCUACUAUGCGUCCUAGUAAAACAGAAUUAAUAUUAAAAGAUUUACCAGAAACAUUAAAAACUCGUUUUAUUACAUCACAUUUAUCCACUUUAUCAAUACCUAGUUUAAUGAAUGGUAAUUUAUCCAUGUUAAAUUUAUCAAAUAUUAAUAAAUUAGAAUUAAGUAAACAAUCAAUAAAAGAUAUUGAAUCGAAUGGUAAUCCUACUACUACUACUACUAAUACUACUAAUAAUAAUGUAACACGUAGACGUUUAUCUACAUUAACAAAUGAUAUAAAUAUAACACCAGAUGUUAAACAAGCAUUACGUUAUUCACGUAGACCAAGUAUAGCACCAAAAGAGAAAAGACAAUUAGAUUUUGAUGAAGCAUUAUUAGAUGUCAUGAGAUCGCGUAGUCUUGCUUUAAAACAUUUAAAACGAUCAACUAUUGAUUCCGAUAUGAAUAAUAAUAAUAAUCAAGAUAAAAUUAAUUUCAAUGGAACACAUAAUAAAGCUUAUUUAACUGAAGAAGAUGAAGAAAUUGAAGAGAACUACAAUGAAGGACAAGAUGAUGAUAUUGAUAAAUUGAAAGCAUUUAUUAAAGCAGAACAAAAUAAACAAAUUUAUGAUAAUAAUGAAUUAAAGAUGAAAUCAAAACAUGAAGAUAAUGAUCAGGUAAAGGAGAAAGAGGCAGAGAAAGACGAAGAAGAUAUUAAUAUGGCGAAAUCAGUUAAAUUCAUUAUUGAUGAUAAUGAUCAUCUAAAUGAGACUAUUCAUCGUUUAUAAAUUAAAAAUAAAAAAAAUUAUGAUUUUUUUUCUAUUAAAUAAUAUAAAAACAAAUAAACAAUUACUCAUAUUGAUAUCAAUUUCUUAAAUUAAUCAAUUAUUCAGUGCUUCCAUUUGAUUAUAUUCUAUGAAUAUCAAAAAGGAACACAAUAGUAAUGUGUGAACUUAUUGAUUUUUUACUAAUUUAUUACUUUAAAUGAAUCAAAUGAUUAAAUAAAUUAUUUUUAUUUUUGUGGUUGUUGUUGUUGUUACGGAAACAUUCGAAAUUCUUAAUUAUCAUUAGUUACUAUGCAGAUAAACUUAUCAGAUAUAACAUUAUAACAUAAAAAGGACAAACCUACUAAUAUAUAUAUAAAUGUAUACAUAUAUACAGUCUAUAUUAUUGUACUGGGUUAGUUUCUAUUUAUUUAUGUAUAUAAAUUGAAUAAUUUACACUUUUUUUAAAAAUACAAAGCAAAGUAACUUUUUUCUCUUUUCAAAAAAAAAGGAAAAAAAUUAAAAAAAGAGAACACUACUCGUUUUUUUUCGAAAACCUUCUUUUUUUCCAGUUAGUUUCUUUUUUUUGUUUUUUGUUUUAAUUUUAUUGUUUCUACGUAGAAACUAUUUAAAUUUACACUUUUAAUCAAUUGAUCAUUCUGUGAUUUGUUGAUUGAAUAUUGAUUUAGUGAGUAGAAUAUGUUAUUGAAACAUUGAAUAUCGAUUAAAUUUUUUUAUUAUAAAAUUUAUAUUAUCUAUGUAAAUAAUAUAUAAUUAAUAUUCUUAAAA